AUGCGGGGCGUUUGGGUCUUCUGCUGUUCCGUCGUCGCACUGCUGCUCCAAGUGCCUUCCAGUGAGGCCUUCCUGAGGGCCCCCGUGGUCCCUCACAGGGGGGACCCCUCUCUGCCCGUCAGGGUGAGGGGCCCCCUGGCUUAUUCAGUUAAGGGGCUGACGGGGCUUCUCCCUGUGCGGAAGAAAGCAAGUGUCUGUAUCUGCACACCGCAGCUCAGUUUCCGCAACAGUUCCCACCUUGUUGCUGCUACUGCGGCAGCAGAUGCACCAGCAGCAGCAGCAGCAGCAGCAGCAAGCCCAGCUGCGCCCGGCGACUCGCCUGGAGCAAGCACAAAAGAACCAGCAGCAGAGGAGAAUUCACAGCGGGCCUUGUCUUGUGAGUUUGCGGAUGAAUUGAUAGAGAGCUUUGGACAGUAUGCCAUCUCCACAAUUCACUCGAGGGCCCUUCCCGACACAAGAGAUGGGCUAAAGCCUGUUCACCGCAGGAUUAUAUAUGCCAUGCAGCUGCUGCAGCAACUGGGUCUCAGCCACGCUGGGCCCUUUAGAAAGAGCGCGAGAGUGGUUGGGGAGGUGCUGGGUAAAUUUCAUCCCCACGGAGACAAAGCCGUAUACGACGCUCUCGUCCGGUGCAGCAAACUGGCGCAGCCAUUUGUUUACCAGCUGCCGCUCAUAGAAGGCCACGGGAACUUUGGCUCUGUUGACGGUGACCCAGCAGCUGCAAUGCGCUACACAGAAUGCCGGCUGUCUGCUUUCUGCCAGGAUGUUCUCCUGAAGGACCUGCACACCUCGGCCUGCGGCUUUCGCAGCAACUUCGACGCCACAGAGGUGGAGCCCGACUUUUUCCCCGCACGUUUGCCAUUGCUACUGUUGCAAGGAACUGCUGGAGUAGCUGUGGGCCUCUCUACAAGCCUCCCCCCACACAACCUCAGCGAAGUGGUCUCUGCAUGCAUUGCUCUGAUUGACAACCCGCGCAUUUCAGAUGCUGCACUUUACCGGCUGCUGCCCGGUCCAGACUUUCCUACGGGGGGCCUACUAGUGCAGCCGCCUGAGGCCAUUGCAGCAUACAGGAAGGGCCACGGAUCUGUGCGGCUGCGAGCCCGGGGCUUUGUAGAAGUGAAGGAGAAGCAUCACCUUGUUACUUCUGCUGGAGGUGGCAAGAGACAGAAACAGGGACCAAGCCAACGUGGAGGGCCACAGUGCUUGCAGAUAGUGGUCACAGAGCUUCCCUAUGGUGUCAAUAAGGUCAGGUGUUUGAACUGCUGCCUGAGGCGUCACCUCGCGAGGUUUGGAGGCAGUUGGUGUCCAGCACAGCGCUUGAGGUGUCUGUACAAUGCAACUUUGUGGCCCUUAAGGACGGAAAGCAUCCACACAGCCUCUCAAUUAGAGUCGUGGCUUCAAGCUCGUUUAAGAGCCGUGAGAGCCCGCACGGAACGGGAGGAGCAGCUGCUCUUGCAGCAGCAGCACAUUCUUGAAGGCAGCACAAAGGCAGCAAAACACUCGCGAGAAAUUGUGGAUCUGCUUCAGCGUUGCAGAGACGCGGAAGAGGUGGUCAGCAAGCUCAUGGGUCUACUGCAGCUUGAACAGCAGCAGCAGCAGCAGCAGCUCGAAGAGACACGCCGGAAGGCAGAGAGACUCCGUCGCCUUUUGUCAGAUGACGCUCAGCUCUUCACCCUCAUCAAGGAGGAACUACAAGAAAUAGAUAGGAAGUACGGGAGCCCCCGCAAGACACUGUUUCUUCGAAAAGGCCCCCAAGUUUCAACUAAGAGCGCCGGAGGGGCUUUGCAGCGCCCGAAUCCUGGAGAGGGAGAUGGGCUUGAGACUUUUGAUGGCGAAGAGGAGCUAAUAGAAAGUCAAAAAGACAGCAAGAGUUACUUGUUGCUCGUCACGCGCAAGGGCUUCUACAAAAGAGUGUCGGAGGCCUCAAUUAGUCUGCAGUCCAGAGGGGCUACAGGCCAGCGCUGCUUCACCGCAGGCGCGAGACCAAACCCAGCAAUAGGCCACUGCACAGUCGGAGCACCCCAGCAGCAGCUCCAGCAGGACAGAGGCAGCAGCGACAGUGUAGCAGCAGCAACAGAGUGCAGAGACGGCGACUGGAUAUUGUUCAUAUGGAGGGACGGGAGAUGCUUGACCCUUCCUGGCUCUCAUCUGCAGCGCCACGGACUGAAGACAACGGCCUCUUUUGUUGCUGUUGGUGCCUCCAAGCGAGGCGUGCAGCCUGCUGCUACUGCUGCAGCAGCAGCACCCGCCAACGCUGUAUCAGCAGCAAGAACAGGAUCAGACAGUGAAAUUGAAGGACAUCUGGGCUGCGUAGUUCGUGUGGGCAAGGAAGAGAUAGGAGGCCAGCUGGUAGUGGCUACUCGGCAGGGGCUGGUUAAGGCUCUGUCUCUGGGGCUUCUGCUGCCCACAGGGACAAAAAGGAAGAAUCGCACACGGCGGCUGCUGCCGUUGGGACUUGGAGAUGCAGUAGCGGCGUGCGCGGUGGUAAAGAAGAGGCCAACGAAAAGUGACAGAGAUGCGCAAGCCAUUAAGGAGGAGACGGAUACGGAUUUGGGAACGAGUCCAGAGACAGAGGCAAGAAACGGGGUCCACGAUGGUCCAAACAAAAGCGCGGAGAGUCAAGAACAGACAGAAACAUUGGGAGAAGCAAAAGGAGAAAAGGAUUACUCCGUUGUCUUAGGCACUGCCUUUGGCCGCGCCCUUCGUUUUCCAUGUAGUUCCCUGCCUCAGGCGAGCUUAUUGUCGCGGGGCGUCAAGGGCAUCACUUUAAGGAAGGACGACAGAGUCGUUGCUCUUACUGUCGUUCCCCCUAAAGCUGAUCCCGAAGGAGAUUCUCUUGUAGUUCUUACAAAGAAAGGCCGAGGCAAACGGCUGCUUCUCCAGCACCUCUCGCCACAAAGACGAGGAGGCGCAGGCAAAGCUGUGCUUCGACUGGCGAACCGGGAGGGGCCCCCAGGACGGGGCCACCAAGGCCAGGCUGCUACGGGGGCCCCCAAUGGCGGGAACUCUCAAGAAAGACCUCCUCAGGAGGAAAGCCAAAAAGAAGCCCCAGAGCCAGAGGACACUCAAGAAGGCGCCUCUGCAGGGAACCCUCAGAAAGGGUCUCCUGGGGAAGAAGCUUCUCGCGAAGGGGCCUCUAAAGAAGGCCUUCAGGGAUGUGCAGGUGCGGAUUUGGCCGGCUUGCGGGGGGGGCCCGAGCCUGCAGACGAGCUGUGUGGUGUUUGGUUUGUCGGGGGCCCCCCAAGGGAGGUUGGCUUGGUGACAGAGCGAGGAAUUGUCUCCCGUCUCUCUGUCUCCUCUAUCCCCGUGUACAGCAACAAACUAGCUAAGGGCGUCUUCCUGCAGAGACUGCGGGAGGCUCCCAAGGCUGCAGACGCUGCUGCCACCGCUGUGCUGCUCAGCGAGCAGCACAAAAGCAAGCAAACAGCACAAACAAACAGCGCCUCUGCUGCAGCGGCUGCUGCUGCUGCUGCUGCUUCUGCUCGUUUUGCUGCUGCAAGGGUGUGGGCGGCGGAGACUCAGAGGCGCUGA